ACACAACAUCCAAUCCUGAUACGUGCAUCAAGUCAUCAAUCAUCUGCCCAUCAAAAUGGUUCAACUCUCUGGAAGAUAUCAACUCACUAAUAAUGUCAACUACUUGGAAUUCAUGUUGAAGGCUGGCAUUCCUGAAGACAAGGCAAAAAAAGCAAAUGACUCGAAUGUGGUUUGCUCGGUAACUGUUGAUGAUCAGAAAUUCGUCAUGACUAACGAAGGCUCCAAUCAACAAACCAGCUUGGAAUUCGACAAAGAAAAUAUCGAAAAACAUCCUCUCGGACUCGAAGCAAAGAGUACUGCAUCGAAACAAGGCAACGUCAUCACAGUAUCAUCUAUUUAUAACGGAGAGAACUACAAAAGGACGUAUACCUUCAGUGAAGCUGGGAUGGAAGCGAUAAUAACACAUGAAGCAAUGGAAGCAAAGAGAAUAUUCAAGAGACUGUGAUCUAGUUCUGUCGUUGUGAAUGUUUUGUAAGGAAAAAUAAACAUAUUUUGAUAGG